AUGUCAUUCCAGAUGUGCACGCUGCCCAUACCAUCAGUGAUGCAGGCUUUUGACCUGAGCGCUGAUAACAAGCUGGGUGGUACCUCGCCUCUUGACACCAACCACAUCGUCAAUUUUGCAGACAACACGACUGUAGUGGGCCUCACCAACAACAACAAUGUUGCCAACUACAGAAUUGUUGAUUCCGUACCGAAGUCAUCCCAUACUGUGGGGAAAAAGGAAUCAAAGAAUUUACUCAGUUUACCUUUUAGUCUAUGUUCUGGCAGAGGAAAGUCAUCGUCAGACACGUCUCUGCGACCUCUACUAAAGAUGAUGCUGCUUCACCAGGGUUGUGUUCUGAGCCCGCUGCUGUACUCACUGUACACAUAUGACUAUGUGGCCAAUUCCAAAUCCACCACCAUCAUCAAGUUUGCUGACGACACUGUUGUGGUGGGCCUGAUCUCCAACAACGACGAGACGGCCUACCUACAGGAGACUAAAGACCUGGAGAGAUGGUGCCAAGAGAACAAUCUUCUCCUAAAUGUCAGCAAGACAUUUAGAGUUGACAAGUUGACAUUUAGACAAGAGUUGAUAGUGGACUUCAGCACAAAGCAGAAGCGGUCAUACCAACCGCUAAACAUCAACGGGACCCCCAUGGAAUGAG